AUGAGGAGGAGGAGGAGGAGGAGGAGGAGGAGGCGGUCAGACGGGUGGAAAAAGAAAGAGAAAGCUCAGGAUCAGCCAACACCUUUUCCCAGCAGAAGCACCCGAAACUCCUGCAAGUCAGGCUGGUUUGAACGGGACACACCCGCCCUCUCCAGUCCUCUGAACCAGAAGGAGACGUCUAAUCCCAAACCCACAAGGUACAAGGGUGUGACCUGUGAUUGCUAAAGUGUGAAUGAGAUUUACCCCGAGUCCAAAUCAGCAAAAAAUCUGCAGACAAACACAAAUUUAGAAAACUUUUAACAUCCAAACCAACCAAAAGUUACAGUCUGAGAGGUGCAGAAGCUUCUUAAUGCAGAUUUAAAGUACACUGAUGGUUUAAUCUCACCUAAUCUGACUGAAAAUGUUGGUAAAUCCUGUGUAAAGUUGCUCUGUAGGUUGUGUGGUCUGUAUCUGCGAGUGAAGGAAGGAAAUUAAAAGGAACAGACAAGCAGAAAGGUGGAGCGAAGAAAAGGGGACGGCUGGUCAAGUUUCAACAAGCCGCAAAUGAAUCACUGAGUCGUAAAAAAAAUAAAACCAUCUCCAACAGGCGAGCGGCGAGUUAGUGUCCUGAAACUUUGGGAAACUUUCUGACUCUUUUCAGACUUUGUCAGGAUGUUUGAAACUGUUUUUUAUAAAUGUAAGAAAACAUGAAAACCUCAAACAGAGAUUUUAAUGAAUGAAAGACGAUCACAUGUUGUUUAGGAAUAAAAAUUCACUCUGACUUUGUUUGGAGAGUGUUUGGAGCAGACAGCACACCUGAUGUCGCUCUGAAGACGAUGUUUGCAGCAGGAUUUUUUAAACAAAUAAAAGAAAACAAACAAACAGUGAGGCUAAUUUUUCAUUUUCAUCUUCAUUCAUUAGAAGUUAAAGCUGCAGAGAAAUCAGAGGAUUGAGGAUGAGUGUUAUAUUUAAUACAACAAUGUAAACUUUUUAAGGUCUUUAUUUUUAUUUCAACAGCCUGAAUUUAACCUGAUUGAAUGAAUUUAAUUUAGAUUUAUUGAUAUGAUUUAUGUCCAGGUUUGUCCUGCAGAUUUACAAUUAAAACAACAAAAUAAACACAAAAAUAUGGUCCAAAAAUACACACCUAAACACACACACACCUAAACACACACACACACACACACACACACACACACACACACACACACACACACACACACACACACACACACACACACACACACACACACACACAUGAACUUUUUAAAGGUUUAAUGUGCAGAAUAAAGACUCAUAGACAUAUUCUGUAUAUAGAGAAGUGUAAUCACUUAAAUAUAAACAUUGUUUAAGGAGACUUUUACAUCUUGGACCACCAUGUUACUAUGGUAACAGAGGACAAACAAACUAGUAAAAUACGUGUUUGUGUAUUUAGAUAGCAGCUGCUAAAGUUGUUGUUUAUGUGCACAGAGGGAUUUUCAUUGUUGACAUUUUUGGUGGUUAAAAAACUUGACAAAUAGGAGCUUUUUGUCCUUGAAGGCCACCAUAGUUUUAUCAAUGGAAGGGGUGAGCAAGGGAGCAUUUCAGUCUCAAAUCUAGAUGUCUAGAUGUCGCUGAAUGUUUCUGUACCACUGAGUGUUUUCACAGUGUCAGUGAGGAGGUGGUUCAUUUCAAAGUGACUCCAUGACACUAAACCAGUCCUGCUGUUUUUAAAGUGAUCCAGGUUCGAGAUCUGGUUUGAUUGUUUGGGUUUAGAUAUUUGGAGGCUGGUCGAGUAAGAGCCCGGUUAGAAAACAGAGAACUGGGUUACCACUGAGCCUUAGACGUCUCGUCUUUGUUUAGAUAGAAAUUUGACCGUCUAUAAUCAGUCUAUAUUUCAGAUGAUUGACUUUAAUCCAUUAAUUAUUAAAUAUUAAAUAAAAAACAACUGUAAAUUGUAUCAAUGAUGGCCAAAUGUUGGAUUAAAACAUUUCUAACAGUCAUUGAUGAAUGUACAGUGUAGUUUAGUCUAUUAGACGGUUAAAAAACUUUUAUUUUUAGAGCAGUGGUAGACCCAUUGAGGACCGGUCUACCUGAGGUCUGAGGACCAUUAGACGUCUACUAAACAUCUUUUAGACUAAAAAAUGUGCGGUGGGUUACUUUCUGUGAUCCUCCAAUGAGGACUACAGAGCGAUUUAAAUCCUGAUGGUGAGUUAGAAAUCUGUAACCUGUGAUAAAAACUGCUGUUAAAUGUGGCGUUUGUUGGUUUUAAUCUAAAAGGCUAAAUUGUGCCUCCAUACUCCAAAACUGACCGUACUUAAGACGGCAUGAUCAUUUAAAAAAAUCUCUUAUAUGAGGAAAACAGAAAAGAAACAGAACAGAGAAAAAGAGAGAGAGGAGGAGGAUUGAGAGGGAGAGGUUAGAUUUAGUCUGUCUGUGUUAAUCUGAGCGCCUCUCUUACUUUGGUAAUCCAGCCUGGACUGUGAGCCAGUAAUGAACGAGUGUUGUAGCUCUGUUUGACUGACUCAGGUAAAUAUAAAGUAGUGUAACACUAAAUGUUUAGAUGGUUAGAUAUUUGAAUAAUUACUCUUUAGAUAGUGAGGACAUGAUCAGAGGAGGUCUCUAAAGGAGGUCCAGUCUGAGGAGGAGGAGGAGGAGGAAACACCUUUGACGUCUGUGAGAGCGUGAGGAUUUAAUCUGGAUUUAAUCUGCAGACUGUUCAACUGAAACGUCUGAUCAUGAAGCACCUGAACAGUCUACAUAGACGGAUAAUAAUACUGCAAACAUGUAAAAGCUGUAAUAAUCAGAUUUGUGUUAAAGUUUCUGUCCAUGAUGGAGGUCGUGAUUCAGAUUGGAUUUAUUGCAAUCGGGUGUUUUAAAUUGAUGUUGUCUGCUGGAACUAUAACAACAAAAAGUAGAAGAAAACAAAGAAAUAUAAGUGCCACACCUACGUCAUUCAGACAAAUUCAGACCUAAAACAUCCAAAUUAAACUCUUUAACCUUCAUGAAAGUUAGAUUUCUUUAAAACUGCAUCUCUCACUUUAAAAAUAUGAACUUAUUCUCUGUAAAUUGGAGUAUUUAGUCGACAAAGAGCUGAAAUAUUUAGUCCGCUGUCAUCGGUGUUCAGUGAGUUGAGUUAACCCAUUGUAGGUCACAGUAAUCUCAGGUUAAAUCCACACCACAUACAGAUUAAUUUAGCAGGAUUAUCAGAGUGUGACAGAGAAAUCAUCUCCAAACUUCAGUCGCACUUUUGACAUCAGCGUGAACUUAAUCAGUCGUCAUUUAAAGAGAAAUACCAGGUGAUACAGACGCCACAGAAAGUCACUUCUCAGCCCUCCUGAAGUCUGUGUGUGUUUGUCAGAGAGGGUGUGUGUUCAAGUGUGAGUCUGCUGACUUGUAUGAGUGUUUUGUGAACAGCGAAGAGACGACAGACACACACACACACACACUCCUGCACAUCUGUAGAGGCUUCUAUACAUGAAAUCAUGAAAUCACACCCUGCAGAUUAGAUGUAGAAAAUCACUUCAAGUUUUUCAAAUUGAAGAUAAAUAUAAGAACUGUUUUAAUAAGAGUUGUUGAACAUUAUUUAAGUGUCAUGUGUUUAGAUUAAAGUCGUGGUUCUUCUGAGUCUGAGUGUGUUACUAAAUAAGAAAUCAGAAAUCAGACCAGCUGUGUGUGUGUGUGUGUGUGUGUGUGUGUGUACGGCUGAUUUAGUGUGUAUUUGUGUUUGGUUUAUAUGACCGACUGUGAACAUCAGAGAUAUUUCAGUUUCACUGUCGUAAAUGUAGAUGUGCAGAAAAACUCACACACCUUCAUGACUUGACGUGCACAGGUGUGUGUGAUCUUAUAUCCUCUGACACAGAUGAGGCAGCAGAGACGUCUGUUCGACUUUUUAUCCUGCAAACAAAAAAAUCUGUUUUCUAAUAUUAUCGAUUUAAAGACCGACUCCUGUGACCGAGUUAUUCUCAACUUCUGACAAACGUAACGUCUAAAUCUCAGCUGAGGAAACUUCAACACACUAAGAUGAUUUAAUGCACUUGUGUGUGUCUGUUUGUGUGUGUGUUUUUGUUAUUUGUGUGUGUGUGUGUGUGUGUGUGUGUAUUCUGCUGAUGUGACUCAGAACAAUCAGAGACGAUUCAGUUUUAUUGUCAUAAAACAUAUAAAUGCAGAAAAACUAAAAACACACACCUGAGAGGAUUUACACUCACUUUAAAUAUCUGUAAAAUCAUGUGUUCACAUUUAAAUCACCUUAUAGAGACAAAACUGAGUCCUCAUCUGGAUGUGACAACAAACACACAUGCAGUGAGAAUACACACUCUAAUUAAAACAUAAUUUAGGACCGACUUUAAAGUCGCGUGUGAAUCAGUUACUGUAAGUUUUGUGUGACUUUUGACAUCCAACAGACGGAUUUAGUCUGAAAGUCUGAGGAUGUUUAAGUGCGAAAAAAAAUAACACACACUUUUACAGACACACACAUGUCUGAGAGGAGUGGCACACACACUUUCACAGCUAUAAACACGUGUGUGUUUAGAUCACGUCUUUAGAGUUAUUUUUUAACAUAAAACCUUAAAAUAAAAUGUAAACUUUCAUAGAAUCAGUUUUAGGAUUGAAUUUUAAGUCAUGUAUGAAUUUAGUUUUGUGUUUUUAAGAGUUUAUUGUCACUUCUGACGCUCAAACUAAGACAAACACACACACUGAAAUCUCCUCUUUCUUGUUUUGAUGAUCUCUGAGAGGAAAUUUAGACCUGAUGAAAAACUUUUGUCAGAGUCAAACACACCCUGAUCACAAACUCCAGGAUCUUUAAAAUGAGGAUUUAAAAAUUAUGUUUCAGUUCAGAUUGUCGUCAGUGAUUUCGCUCGAUGUGUGUUCUUGACUAGCUGGUAUUUUCUGUGUAACAUGUGGUGAAGUGUGUGUGUGAGGAGCUGUAUGUGCACAUCUGUAUGUCUGUGUGUGUUUUCUCAGAGUUUUGAAGUGUGUGUUCAGACAAUAAAAAGAGGAGUGUAUCAGUGUUUAAUGUGCAGUAAAGAGGAGUGUGUGUCCAUCAGUGUGUGUCCAUCAGUGUGUGUCCAUCAGUGUGUGUUUCAUAUGUUUAAAAUAAUUAAGUUAAUAUUUCUGAACAUGAAGGAGAGAUUUUCUUGACACCUGAGAGUGUUUGGGCUUCUGUGUGUCUGCUCAUGUGUGUGUGUGUGUGUGAGAGAGAGAGAGAGAGUGUGUGUGCUGGCCUCUCUGUUUCCAAAUCACGUAGCAGAGUGUGUGUUCCUCUCACUGUGUGUUUUCAUUCAGUCAUUUUGUGAGAGUGUGAGUGUGUGUGUGUGUGUGCUGACGCUCGUUUCUAAAGGGAGUCUGUUUUAUUUGUGUUGCAGGAUAAAAAAGGACAGUGUGACAGCACACACACACAGACACACGCAGACACACACAGGUGAGUCAUGUGUUACCUGUCAAACCACAAACAAAAACACGUGUGCUUUAUAGUUUCAAUUUUGUUAAAAUGCAGAUUUACACAAAUUCAGUUUAGAGGAAAAACUUUCUGAUAAAAAAUGACAUUUAAUACAAACAUAAAAAUACAAAUGAUGUGAAAAUAAAUGAAUCCAGUAAGAAAAGAGACCCUGACAUCUUCUUUUAGACUUAAGAAUAUUUUUUAUAUAAAGUUUGUUUGAACUUUGAGAGUCUGAAAUGUCCCAAAUCAAAACUCGUCUCAGCUGAUUCACACACUUGAUGUUCAUGUCCUGAAAUCUCAGUCAUAUUAAAACAGAUAAAGACGUGAUUCCUCUAAUGUUUGUAUUUUUGUCUGUGUUUUAUUAUCUGGUGUUAACCCGCUAUUCUUCGUGUCUCUGUCCUCAGACGCAGCAGCUGCUGGAAUUUCGUGGACGUCGUGGGAGAAACGGAGGAGCAGCAGGAGGAUGAGGAGGAGGAGGAGAAGGAGGUGUGUAUGAAAAUAUUAUCAAACUAUAAGCCAUGUGGAUAAAUGUUUAAGGAGACUUUCUAUUGCUUGAAUAUGAAUCCACGAAGUAGAGAGAGGCUCCUCAAAGAGGGUCAGUUCAGGAGGUCCGCUGUGGGUCAGCUGUGGAUCAACUGGGACAGUUUUUCCCGCGUAAAAGUCGCGCGUAAUCGUCUCAGAUCGUCCGAUUCAGACGUUUUUGCUUCUUCUGUGAAAGAGACACCAUGCUCUGUGUGUUUCUGCUGCUGAAAAGUCAAAGUUAAUGUUUGGGUUGGUUCAUGUGUGCCGUGUUAGAGAGGCGUGAAGGUGACCAAGAGUUUGGAGUGUGAGGAGAAGAUUUGUGUGAGGAGGAUGAGGAGGAAGGAGGUGUCUCUGUCUCUGUCUCUGUCCUGUGUUUGUUUGUGUUUGGACUCAGACGUCCAUCAUUAA